AUGUCUGGAAACAAUCUGGUUCUACCCAUUGUACUAUGGGGCCGCACUGCUCCAACCCACUGUAUCAGCAGCCUCUUGGUGAUGGAUGACUUCAGCACAAUCAUCACUGGCUGCCAUGAUGGACAGAUCUGCCUUUGGGACAUGACGUCGGAGCUGGAGAUUUGUCCCAGGGCCAUGUUAUUCGGUCACACUGCCUCCAUCACCUGCCUUUCUAAAGCUAGCGCCUGCAGUGAUAAACAGUACAUUGUCAGUGCAUCGGAGAGUGGGGAGAUGUGUUUAUGGGAUGUAAAUGAUGGCCGCUGUAUUGAAUUUACCAAACUGGCUUGUGCUCACACCGGCAUACAGUUUUACCAGUUCACUAUAGGCACUGAGCGAGAAGGUCGUUUGCUCUGUAAUGGCCAUUACCCAGAGGUUAUUGUGGUAGAUGCUACCAGUCUGGAAGUGCUUUACUCGCUUGUGUCCAAAAUUUCCCCUGACUGGAUCAGCUCCAUGAGCAUCAUCCGAUCACACCGCACACAAGAGGACACGGUCGUGGCAGUGUCAGUGACUGGGAUUUUAAAAGUCUGGAUCAUCACAGCAGAGGUCAACCGGAUGCAGGACUUGGACCCAGUGUUUGAAGAGGAGUCCAAACCCAUCUAUUGUCAGGGUUGUCAGAGUAUUUCCUUCUGUACUUUUACUCAGAGCAGCCUGCUGGUGGUCUGCUCCAAGUUCUGGAGGGUUUUUGAUGCGGGUGACUAUUCACUGCUCUGCUCAGUGCCCAGUGACAAUGACAAGACCUGGGCUGGUGGAGAGUUCAUUGCCGCAGACAAAGUCAUCAUUUGGACUGAAGAUGGCUGCAGUUAUAUCUAUAACCUACCGGCCAGCUGUUUACCUGCGAGUGAACAUUUCCGCAGUGAUGUGGGCAAAAAAGAAGGCUCUAUACCGCCAUUGAUCUACAGCAUAGAGAACCUAACAGACAAACAGCUCCUGAUAUGUCCUCCUGUGACUCGCUUCUUCUUUGGUCGACGGGAGCCAUUCUACAAGCUACUGAUCCAGGGAGACUCUGCAGGGAGGCUGUCUCUUUGGAGCAUCCCAGACUCUUCGCCUCCACGGCCACUGUCCGCUCCAAAAGGUAUGGAUAAAUUACUCCAAGUCUCAUCCACCAUCAGUCUGCAAGAGGCAUUUGACAAAUUGAUUCCUGUGUCUUCUGGUAUCAUUGACCAGCUCAGUGUCUUACCUAGCAAAGAUGAACCCAUUAAGGUGACGGCUAGUGUCUACAUACCCUCCCAGGGUCGACUAGUGUGUGGAAGAGAGGAUGGUAGCAUUAUUUUGGUUCCUGCUACUCAGACCGCAAUUGUUCAAUUACUGCAAGGAGAACACAUGCUUAGAAGAGGAUGGCCACCCCAUCGUACACUCCGAGGUCACAGGAAUAAGGUCACAUGUGUACUGUAUCCAUACCAGAUAUCUCCUCGCUAUGAUCAGCGCUCUUUGGUGUCGGGUGGUGUGGACUUUUCUGUCAUUGUUUGGGACAUUUUCACCGGAGAAAUGAAGCAUAUUUUCUGUGUCCAUGGAGGAGAGAUAACACAACUCAUUGUCCCACCAGAAAACUGCAGCACUAGGGUGCAACACUGCGUAUGCUCUGUUGCCAGCGACCACUCGGUUGGCCUGCUCAGUCUUAGAGAAAGAAAGUGCAUCAUGCUUGCAUCCCGGCACCUGUUCCCAAUACAAGUGAUCAAGUGGCGCCCGGCAGAUGACUACCUAGUUGUUGGAUGUUCUGAUGGCUCCGUUUAUGUCUGGCAGAUGGAUACAGGGGCCUUGGACCGUUGUGUAAUGGGUAUAACUGCUGUAGAAAUACUCAAUGCCUGUGAUGAGCUGGCUCCUGCCACAGUGGAUGCCUUGAGCCAUUCGGCAGUGAACCUGAAGCAAGCAAUGACUCGCCGGAGCCUGGCGGCACUAAAGAACAUGGCUCAGCACAAACUGCAAACACUUGCCACCAAUCUGCUGGCGGCAGACAACGCUGACAAGGGAAACUUGCCCAAAUACUCUCACAACGCACUAGUGGUCCAAGCAAUGAAGACCAACCUCACAGACCCAGACAUGCAUGUCCUAUUCUUUGACGUGGAAGCGGUGAUCAUCCAGUUGUUGACAGAAGAAGCUCAGAGGCCAAAUCCCAUGUUGGUGUCCCCUGAGACCCUGCAAAAAAGCCAGGCUGGGGCUGACAAGGGAGGCUCUUUCCUGGCCAACAAGAUCUUUAAGCAGGUUAAGGAAACAAUGAAGGAGACCAUCAAGGAGCAUCUACUGGACGAAGAUGAGGAAGAAGAAGAGGAGAUGAGGAGGCGCGAGGAGAAGUCAAAGUCUCUGAGUCUUCUGGAAUAUAACCUGACAAUGGACACGGCGAAACUCUUCAUGUCCUGCUUGCAUGCUUGGGGCCUCAACGAGCAGCUGGAUGGUAUCUGUCUGGACAGACUUGGUAUGCUCAGGCCACACUGCCCCAUCUCGUUUGGCCUGAUUUCAAGAGGGGGUCACAUGUCCUUGAUGCUACCCACCUUCAAGGAAUCUUUGCUGCGACAGUUGUCCCUUGCUACAGGACGGAAACUGACAUUGUCAGACAUUGUUGGCAAGGGGACAUACGGUGUGUCAAGGGCGGUCACUACACAGCACCUCUUGUCCGUCAUCUCUCUGGCCAACACUCUGAUGGGCAUGACUAAUGCCACCUUUGUUGGAGAACACAUGAAGAAGGCACCAGCCAGGCCUCCCAGACCAGGAGGAACCCCGGAGACUCCUCGUAGGAUGCCAGCCACACCCCCUCAGCACUCCAACCCCAUGCUACAAGCCCAGAUCAAACAAGCUGCGGUAGCCACCACAGCCAGCACCAACGUUUCUGCUACCGCUACAACUGCUGGGCCCCUAGGGGCCCCUGGGGUACUUCCUCAGAGGCCCCCUGGCCCUGGUCCUGCUUCUCAUAGCAUCCCCUCAGUCAAUGAAGGUUGGAGCCAGCUUGCGGCAAUGCACUGUGUUAUGCUCCCUGACCUUUUGGGCCUGGAUAAGUUUAGACCUCCGCUAUUAGAGAUGCUGGCAAGGAGAUGGCAGGACCGCUGUCUUGAGGUGCGGGAAGCAGCACAAGCUUUAUUGUUGGCAGAGUUGAGAAGAAUCGGCCAAUCAGGUCGUAAGGACACAAUUGAUUUAUGGGCACCUUAUCUGCCUCAAUACGUGGACACAGUCAGCUCCCCUGGCACAUCCGCAGAACCCUCAGUUCCACUCCCGCCACCUGCUGAAGCUCAACCACUUGAGGUCAAGGCACCUGAGGAAGAAAUGGACGUCACUGACGAUGAUAUCACUGCAGGCUGCCUCUCGAAUCUUCCACCAAAUGCCAAGAAGAUUUCCAAUUCGUAUGAGGAGCGCCGCAAACAAGCCACCGCCAUUGUGUUGCUGGGUGUAAUCGGUGCUGAGUUUGGGGCCGAAAUUGAACCUCCAAAAGGUGCGGCACGUACACGACUUGGCGGGCAGGUCCCUGAAGGCUUUGGACCAACAAGUGGCAGUUCCUCAAAUUAUUCCCUGGCAAGACACACAUGUAAGGCUCUGACCUUCCUGCUGCUGCAGCCCCCCAGCCCAAAGCUGCCACCACACAGUACAAUCCGCCGCACUGCCAUCGAUCUGAUCGGCCGAGGUUUCACCGUGUGGGAGCCCUACAUGGAUGUGUCCGCAGUGCUUAUGGGACUGCUGGAGCUUUGUGCUGAUGCAGAGAAGCAGCUGGCCAAUAUUACUAUGGGAUUGCCACUCAACCCACCAGCUGAUUCAGCUCGCUCAGCUCGACACGCCCUCUCGCUUAUUGCAACUGCCCGGCCACCUGCGUUCAUCACCACCAUUGCAAGAGAGGUCCAUCGAUACAAUGCUGCCCAGGCUAACUCUCAAUCACAACAAAACGUUCACACAACCACUCUUGCCCGAGCAAAGACUGAAAUAUUGAGAGUGAUUGACAUUUUAAUUGAGAAGAUGCCUGGAGACGUUGUAGAUUUGCUUGUCGAGGUGAUGGAUAUCAUCAUGUACUGUAUUGAAGGUUCUCUGGUAAAGAAGAAAGGACUGCAAGAGUGUUUUCCUGCUAUUUGCAAGUUCUACAUGGUGGGUUACUGUGACCGUAGUCAUCGCAUUGCUGUCGGAGCUCGUCAAGGUUCAGUGGCCCUCUACGAUGUUCGCACUGCAAAAUGUCAGAACAUUCAUGGUCAUAAGGGCCCAAUCACAGCAGUCUCAUUUGCCCCUGAUGGCCGGUAUCUGGCAACGUAUUCGAAUGCUGACAGUCAUAUCUCCUUUUGGCAGAUGAACACCAGUCUGCUGGGCAGUAUCGGGAUGUUGAACUCGGCCCCACAGCUUCGUUGCAUUAAGACCUACCAGGUGCCUCCAGUCCAGCCAGCAUCUCCUGGCUCCCAGAACCACUUGAAGCUUGCGCGCCUCAUCUGGACCUCCAACCGGAAUAUUAUCCUAAUGGCGCAUGAUGGCAAGGAGCACCGCUUUAUGGUUUGA